GCUGAAAAUGUCUGUCAAACAGCUUUGUCCACCACCAGCAUGGCGCUCAAUGAUGUGGGCAGCACGCUCGGCUCCCAGCUCCCACACGACAUCACUUAUAUCGUCACAGCCUUACUAUCCGUAGCCCUCUACAACGUCCUCGAACUCACCUUCUUGCUUUUCCUGACCUUCAAACGCCGCAAUGGUCUCUACUUCUGGAGCUUCCUGAUAUCGUCAUGGGGAAUUGCCAUCUACUGCAUCGGGUUCAUCCUCAAAGACUUCAACCUCGCUAAUUCAAUAUCCUACUUCUAUGUCACACUUAUCAUCCUAGGCUGGUGUGCCAUGAUCACCGGCCAGUCGUUGGUCCUCUACUCGCGUCUUCAUCUCGUGGUACGUCAUCACUUCCUCCUCCGAUUCGUCCUCGCGAUGAUCGUCACGAAUGUCAUUCUCCUCCAAAUCCCAACCGUCAUCCUCUGCUAUGGAGCAAACUCGUCGAUGUCUGACACAUUCUCCACACCAUACUCGGUUUAUGAACGAAUCCAAGUCACUAUAUUCUUCAUCCAGGAAUCAAUCAUCUCCGCCAUAUACAUAUACGAAACAUGCAGUUUCCUCCGCUCCGAGGGCCUCAUGGACGCAACGCAUCGGGUGGCGUGUCACAGACUCAUGCUGCAUCUGAUAUACAUGAAUGUGAUCGUCGUCGCGCUGGACGUCACCAUAUUGACACUGGAGUUUGCGGGUCGGUACGCGUCACAGACUGCGGCCAAGGGACUUAUCUACAGCAUCAAGCUGAAGCUGGAAUUCAACAUUCUGAAUCGCCUGGUGGAUCUGGUACAUCAGUCGAAUAAUUCGGGCUCGGGGUGGAUAGAGGAGGGAGAAAGCUGUUCGAGAAACCUUUGGGAUGCGCAACAGCAUGGUACCGCUGGAAUUGAUCCUGAUCAACAUCCGAGGCGUCUUUCGUGGAUAAUUUUCGCUCGCAGGGUCACUCAUGGGUCUGCGGUUUCCACUGAAAAAAUAAUGCUUCGGAUCAUCCAAUCUACAAAAAGACGGUUUAGCACAGUUGGGGACGUGGAGAGUCAGGGUUCUAGUAAUUCCCCGCAGUCAUGAAGCGCUUGUUCACCAGACUCAGGAUAUAUAUAUAUACAUCACAAACGCAAUUGAUGAUGACCAUUAUUUAUGGACUAUAUGUGAUAUCAUAUGACAUCAUUCGUCUUUCCAUUACUAUAGACUUAGAUUGGCAACAUCU